UGUCAAAACCAGCUGAGAUUACAUCGUUGCUCCAUUGAAAUUUCGUGAGGGACAUGUCUUUGGGUUCAUUUGGAAAGAUUGUAAUUUGUUGGGGAGUGAUUACAUUUGCGGGAGUGUCUGGAUUUAUUUUGUCGAAAAACUCUGUUGAUAAACGACGUUACCAGGACAUGCAAAUCCGUGAACGCAUGCGAAAGUCAAAUAUUGGUGAAUACGAACCUAUUGGUGAUAGGCGCUUCAGUGGUUAAAUACUUAAGAAAGUAAAUAGGACUCGUUUUGGAGCAAAUAUUUAUAAAUAAAAAAAUACGAACAUUUGGGCAAACUAUCACAUAAAGCGUGAACCCUAUAACUCGACAUUUUAUUCAAGCAACUAAUAAACUAACACCAAGCGUACACAAUGGCCAUGCCACAAAUAAGUCAAGCCGACCAGGCUAAAUUGCAGCUGAUGCAGGAUAUGGAAAUUGAAAUGAUGUCGGACUUAUAUAACCGCAUGACAAAUGCCUGCCAUAAAAAAUGCAUACCACCGCGCUACGGAGAAGCGGAAUUGGGUAAGGGCGAAAUGGUCUGCAUUGAUCGAUGUGUGGCCAAAUACCUGGAUAUUCA